GAAUAUAUAUUUUUUUUUACAAAUCUAUAAUACAACUUUUAUUUAUUAUGUACACUUUACAUCGUAACAUAUAUUCAAUAACUUCUGCUAAGCAAAUAAACAAGUAUAAGCAAUUGACAAUAUAAUAGUACAUGCUCAACAAAUUUUUUAGAACGUAACAUAGAUAAAAAUGAUCUCAUCGCUCUCCUUUAGAUCCGCCAUUUCGCCAAGCCUCAUUGCGAAACAUCUAAUCUAUUCUGCCAUAUCAGCCGACUAGUUAUACCUAUUAUGCCAAAGGAAAUAAAGAAAGAGCGACAAGAAGAUAAAAAGAUCGAAAAAGAGGGAACGAGAAAGCUCUACGAUCCUCGGAUAUUCGACGUAACGUCGUCGUCCGUCGAAAUUCAGACACGGAAGCGAACGAGUAUUGUCGUGGGCCGAGUAUAGGUCGAAGGUCGCGCUAGGGAAGUUAGCGCGGGAGGCAAUAGAGGAAACGAGGUCGAUAUAGUCGGCGCGAAAUGCAGAGGCUGGUCUCGCGGCGAGGCCAAAUCCUGGAGACGAAAGCCGUUCGUCGUCUGGUUGGGCUGCAUGGGGGUUGAAGUGAAACUGAGCUCGCAGGGUGUGCGGGACAUCGGCGCCGGAACGGCGCGCCGCGGCGCCACGUGGCCAACCCCUCCCACUGAUAUCUUCCUACCUAUUCACUCGGCACCACCACCACUACAUGCGCACACGUACACAACGAUAUCCACAUAUCCGAUCUAAAGAGACCGGCUAACCCUCCGCAUCUUUCUUUAUCCUCUUCUCUUUCCUUCGUGGCGCACACACAUGCAUUCUUCUAUCUCAAAUUGCCGGGAUAUCGCGCUUCCCCCCUUCUUUUCCCGGUCGAACACUGUCCUUGCCUGAACUGGUAUCGAACGAUAUGUAAGUUUGGGGAUGGAUUGAGAUAAUAAUCGUUAUUCGAACCGAUCGGUUGAUUUCUCAAGUUGAGUACACGUGACCUGUAUGACCGGUCGAAUUAAUAGAUGUCUUUUAAGGAGGCAAUAGUGUCGAAGGUAUGGUGAACUUAGAACUUGAAGAGAAUGGUUUUUGGCGAACGGUGCAGAAGUCUGUUCUCUUUUCUUUGUCGUUUGAUUUUCUUUCAAUCUACUUUGGACAGUUUAAUAGAGUCGGAUGCGUUCGGUUAUAAAAUACACAAUAAAUGGAUUUUUUUUCCUCUGUACCCGAAGAUCGAAACUAAAGAGUUCUCUGGAGGUGUUUCAAUUAUGUAUAUUGCUUUCCACGAGAACGCCAAAUACACGCACUUGGAUAAAGACAUGGAAAGUACAUGGGAUUUAAGUGAACUAUGGAAUAAAAAAGAAGAGAGAAAAAAAAAGAAAAAGAUAAAAAAGAGAAAAAGAAGAAGGUGAAAUCAGAGUGCGGAAUCCAUUAGCAAAGUCCGGAGAAGCACGUUUUACCAUCGACGCCCGAUCUUUCAUUCUCGGGGCAAAGAGUGGCGCGAGCUUUUGUGUAGUAUAUGAAUGACUGGCUCUUCGAAAUGCUAGCAGAAUGUCCACCCCUAUUUUUUCCCUUCUUUCCUCCUUUGCUAUUUAAAUUCACUUGUAUUGAUUUUCUAAGUGCUAAUAUAUUAGUGAUACUCAAAUAAUUCUAUAUCGAAUGGAAAGUCGAAUCAUAUCAUUGGUCGGAUUACAAAAAUAAAUAAAUGCUUAUAAGUUUUAAAUAUAAGUAAAAGUAAAUUUUACAUUUCUUAUGUAUCUAAUACAUUUAUUAAUACUAGGUAAUAAAUCUUGUAUAAUCUAAGUAAAUCUUAAAUAAAUAUUAUUAUUAGUAUUUAUUAGUAUUUGUGAUUCAAAUAUCUGCUUUGUUUUUAUAACAGAAAUAGAUUUUUUGAAAUGUGA